CUAUCAAACACCAUCCUAAGUUCAUAUCUCUGAUAUUUUGCAGUUAAUCAAUAAUAAGCAAAUCAAGACUAGGCUGUCCUGUUCGCUACUUGGCUUUCCUCUGCUUACUCCUUUGGAGCUCAUCCUUGUUGGAACCUGUUAUGGCUAUAUAACUAUAUAAGUGCAGCUGCAGAUUUAUAGCUUUGUGGUAAAUGCAUCUCUCAAGUUGAGUAUAGAGUCUCCUCAUAUGUUCAUCUCGUAUAUGUGGAUUAAACUUGAUGAAGAAGGCUGUGAUUGUUGGGCCAUUCGGAGGUGAGUCUGAGAAUUCAUGGGACCAUGGAGUCCACACCACUGUUAGACAAAUGUUCUUACAUUGUGGAAUGGUUGUCGACUACAUAGCAGUAGAGUAUGAUGAAAAUGGAAGCUCCAAAUGGUCUGAUGGAAAAGUUUACAUUGGUGGAAACCCUAAUAAAGACUUUCAGAUCAAACUGGACUAUCCGAAUGAGUAUUUGACAUCAAUCUCAGGUUACUACAAUGUAUUUAUGGGUCGUAUUUAUAUCUGUUCAAUGGUUGUAAAAAGCAAUAGAAGAGUGUUUGGUCCAUUUGGUACUAAAGAAGAAGGCAACUAUUUUUUGGUUCCAUCUAAUAUAGGCAAAAUUGUUGGGUUCUUUGGGAGUUAUGAUCCUUAUCUUACUUCAGUUGGAGUAUAUGUGGAACCAACUGACCAUUUUAAAUCUUUUGGUCCAUUUGGAGGCAAUGGUGGAGCUUAUUGGGAUGACGGGACAUACACUACUAUAAAGCGAAUAACUGUGGUUUCUGAAUCAGUAAUCAACUCCAUUCAUAUAGAAUACGACAACAAUGGGACCUUGGUAUCAUCUACUAAGCAUGGAGGAAGUGGAGGAGGCACCGCCGAUGUGGUUGAUCUAUAUCCAGAUGGAAUAUGACGACUUUCAAAUUCAGGAU